AUGGACCUCAACAGCCAGGAGUUCUACGGCGGGGGCCUGAAGGAGGGCGAGGUGUCGACGGGGACGACGAUCAUGGCCGUCGCCUACGACGGCGGCGUCAUCAUGGGCGCCGACAGCCGCGUGUCGACGGGGACCUACAUCGCGAACCGCGUCUCCGACAAGGUGAGCCACCUCCACGACAAGAUCUUCAUGUGCCGCUCCGGGUCGGCGGCGGACACGCAGGCCGUGAGCGACUACGUGCGCCACUACCUCGGGAGCCACGCGAUCGAGGUCGGCAAGCCGCCGCUCGUCAAAACCGCGGCGAACCUCGCGAAGCGCAUCUGCUACACGAACAAGGAGCAGCUGCUCGCGGGCGUCAUCGUCGCCGGCCACGACGACGCCGACGGCGGCUCCGUCUACGUCAUCCCCCUCGGCGGCGCGCGCCCGCGCCCCCCCUUCGCUUUUUCCGCGCGCGCGCGACGCCGACGCCGACGCCGCGCCGCCGCAGGCACGUGCCUCAAGGUGCCCUUCGCCAUCGGCGGCUCCGGGUCGACCUACAUCUACGGCCACGUCGACCACACCUACAAGCCGAACAUGAGCCUCGCGGAGUGCAAGGUCUUCGUCAAGGAGGCCGUCACGCGCGCGAUGUGCCGCGACGGCUCCUCGGGCGGCAUCAUCCGCCUCGUCUGCAUCAACGCCGACGGCGUCGAGCGCGAGUACCACACCAUCUAG